UAAAAAAAAAAAAUUGAAAAGCCAUGAAAAGCUUUGAUUUUAAUGUUGAAAUAUUUCCAUUUUUGUUCUCUACCCAAAGUUUUUUUUUUUUUUUUUAAGUUUGAAAAAAACUGGAAGAAUUUCAAGAACGAUUUUCAAGGCAAUCUUGGAUCCAAUAAAAUCAACCCAUAUCUCGGAAUAAACAAAUCAAUUAGCCCAGAUGCCAAUAUUCAUCUCGAUUUUCCGACACAUCGUUAAUGGAAGUGAUGAUCCAAGCCGUCUCAGACAAUAAUUUCUGUUCCACUUAUUAGUUUGCUAAUGAAUAUCUGCAUUUUAUUGUGAUCGAUUUGACCGUUGAUUGAGAGAAUAAAUUUGUAGAGAUUUGAGGUUUGUUAUGAAACAUGAACGACAAUCAACGCGCAAAGCUAGACGAAGAGCAAAUGGCUGAACUAAGAGAAACAUUUCCUUCGUUUGAUAGGAGCAACGAUGGUAGCUUAACGCAGCUUGAAUUGGGUUGGCUUUUGCGGUCCUUGAGGCUAAACCCCAGCAGCACAGACCAGGUGGAAGCCCUGAUACAAAAGGCUGAUUCAAACAACAAUGGGCUGGUCAAGUUCUCGGAGUUCACGACUAUGGUAGCACCGGAGCUUCUGUCGGAGAAGUCACCCUGCAGGGAAGAGCAACUGAGGCAGCUGUUUAAGAUGUUUGAUACGGAUGGCAAUGGCUUCAUCACAGCCGCUGAGUUGGCACAUUCCAUGGCCAAACUUGGAAAUGCACUGACGGUGGAGGAGUUGUUGGAGAUGAUCAAGGAAGCCGAUACAGACGGGGACGGUAGGAUGAGUUUAGAAGAAUUCUCCGAUGCCAUUAUUUCCGCUGCUUUUGAAUUUUGAUAAUUCUCGGGGUUGAUCAAGGCACAUGAUGCAUUGAUUUAAAGGGAAAUUUUGUGGUAUUGAAACUACCUGAAUUGCUCUAUAAAUGUUGAUCAACCAUUAAAUGUUAUUAAUGGCUGAAGGACAUUAUUAAAUUGAUUGGGAUUAGAUGAUUUUAGAAAUCAGAAUAAAUCAAAUUUCGUGAAGGGACUAAGAAUAGUGACAAAAACAAGCAAUAGGUUGAACUAUGAUGUAGUAUUGUACCCUCUGUUUUGGUUGCACGUGUAAACUUAAAAUUGAAUGUUGAUUUGUGUUUGUUGGCUUUUGCGUUAUCAUCUCUAAUCAGAUAAAACUAUAUAAAAAUUUGUAAAACAAAACCACCACCAACGAUGUAACGUUAGUUCAAUUCACUCAAUACUGCCCCAGAAUAUAGUUUAAUUAUAUACUAAUAUGCUAUAAUGGACCAUUCCCGCACCAGAAAUACAAAUGCGAGAGAAACUACUAAGAGCCGACAGAGUUCAAUUCCAAAGGUAUUAACAGCAGCAGCAGUAACUCAAAGGAUCAGCCCUUGAGCAGAUGCAGGCUUAGAGGGAUUAUGUUGUUCGUUUGGUGCA